AUGUCCGAAGGCUUGGUGAAGAAUGAGCUGCCGGAUUCGAAUCCACCGACCACGAGCACCAGCCCCAACUACGAGCUGAAGCCGGCCGGACGGCCCAAUCCGGACAAUAACAACUGCAUUUACGCGAACCAACAGUUCGAAACAAACUACAUUGUGAUGAACGACCAAGAGCCCUCCUCGUUAUCAGCCUACUUGUCAACAACGUUCAAUCUGCUGGAGAGCGACCCAUCGCAGAAUUCGUGGUAUGGUAGAACUGUUUUUUAUCGGGGUGUUGAUUGACCGCUUCGAAAAGUUUUCUCCUUGGUUGUAAGGCCAGUUGCAUUCUUCGAAGGUUGUCAAGGUCGGCAUUCCUUUACCGGUUACUAUUGAGGUUCCGGUUGUAAGAUUCAAAACAACGCGUGUUACAAUAAUCAUUACACUCUCCACAGUAGUAAUUUUGGUUUCGUAAUGGUCAUCGCAUAAAACACAAAAGUCGCCAAAUUGGAAUCAUAAAUGGCUCUUUAUGCUACAGCAUAAAAAGUAUUACUUUAUGGUGUAUAAAACAACCUACCCUCAUAUUAAUCUUCCACGAAUCUCGUUGCAGUUUCAGGAGUAAUCAAGAACAGAAAGCCGUUUACUACGAUCGGAGUCAGACGUAUUACCAGCAACCGGUUCAGAUGAACGGCUACCCACAGUAUAUGAUGGUGGAUCGAGAGGCAAUGAGUAACCGGUGCCAGGACUACAAUUACGAAGUGGGUUGGCUUUUGCUACCUUUAUUUCUGCAUAUCAUAUGAUCUGAAAUCCCAUUUCCAAACUUUGUCCGAAAUUGAAAUGUGUCAUUUUGUUCCCGAGUUUUUGCGAUAUAUUUUUCUACAGUAUUCCAAAUCUAAAAGUGUUUUUUAUUUUUUGCUUCAAACAGUAUAAAUUGGGCAUACCAUUCCCCAGUUAAUUGGAAAUGACACUUGAUUAUAUUACACUCAAAGUUGUUCAUGUUACUUAUUUUCAGCCCGCAGAAAAGCGUCAACGGUUUCCGUCGACCGUCCGACAAUGCCAACAAGAGUAUACUGAUAAUUUCCGCCGUUUCAUCAACAUUCCAUCGACCUCGACUGGUCCUAGUUCAGCGCCAGCGACGAAUAACAGCGAAGAUUCGGGUGUUCAAUCACCCGACGGAAGCGAGGAUUCCGAUGGUUCCGUUUCUGGAGGAGGCACAGUAAUGUGUCCCGCUUGUAAAAAUGUCUAUAACAGUCCACGGUGAGUGAUACUUUACCGUCGUAUAAUACCUAAUAUUACGUCGAACAUGGCAGGGGCAUAUUUUAAAAACCCUUCUACUUGAAAAGAAUUUUUUUUUGAUUUACAAUGUUUUGGUGUUUUUGGGCAAACAAAAAGAUAUUUCGUAAGAUCUCUCCAACUGUUUUUUAAUUGAUAACGGAGGAAAAUUCUAGCGGUUUUGGAAUUGUAAUCCUAAAAUCCAAAAAUUUUGCCGCAUUCGCACGUCAAAGAAAACCAAACUUGCCAACAUGUGGUCAUAAUUGCAUAUUGUUUCAUGCCAUUGCUCUUUUCCAGGUCUCUGACGGGUCACAUCGGUCGAACGGAGAAGUGUCGGGAAGCGAUUGGGCGCGAUUAUCUGGAAGACAUCAUGAAGCGCGGGGAUUCCGUCUGUAUACCGGAUGCAACGGCACCCGGCGAAGGGAUUAGCCCGGUUUGCCCGCAUUGUAACCGCUUCAUUUCGCAUUACAAGGUGAGCAUGCAGCUUUAUUGUUUUUCUAGCAUUACUAUCUUCCUUUUUCGGUAUAAGAAGGCAAAAAUCAAAAAAGUUUAGGAUGCCUUAAGAAAUCUGCCACUUCUUGAAAGCCUAAUUUCCUUGUUUCCAUUCCAGUGCCACUUAUGUAUUAUUACAUGUAAGAGGGCUACGGUAGAUAUAAUUGUAUAUUUUGUAGCCAAGAUCCCUAUUUAAAGUUUACUGUCUUCUGGGCGCGGCUUUGUCGAAUUGGGUUGGGAAAUAGGCCAUAAGUUUGGAGCCAUUUCAUUAGCCCACAAAUUUUGACACACUCAAAUCUCACUCUCGUUUGUACCUACUGUAAAUCAUAGCUUUUCGGGGUGUUUUUAUUGUUUAUUGUAACAGGGCGUUGUAAACAGCUGCAGCGCCCAAUACUUCUUGCUUUUAUAUACAUGGUUUUGCGGGUUCCAUUCUUUUUUUUGUAAUGGUCAAGGUCAGGGCAGCGGUCUUUCGUUGAUUUACGAGCCCGUCAACGAGCAUCCGCCAAACUGACGGGGGUUGCGUGCUGCUUUAAUCCUCUUUUAGUUGGUUGAUUACCCUCGUAGGAAACGUGUUGUAUUUUGGAAUUUUUGUAGAGUUUUAUUAGCUUGAUUUUUUGACAUUUUUUUAAUUACAAUUGUGGAUUGUCCCUUUUAAAUCCGCCUUCUUCUUCAGUUCUCCAAAUAUUUUGGUCCCAAAAUCUUCCUGACUUUUUCAGAACGGGGUUUUUAGUCGAGAAAAUCUUUCAUUUUGACACCUAUGCCUCGAAAAACAAUUAUUCAUUACGAUUAUCUCUCAGAAACUGUAUUAAUUCCCCUCCCAUCCAAACUUGACUGCUUUUCUUCAGGGAAACAUUCGCCGCCACGUGAACUCCUGCAAGCGGACGAGCCCCCGGAAGGAAUCCAAUGCCUCCGAGACCAUGACCCCCUUCGGCUACAGCGGCAUCUCAUCGUCGUCGGGCUCCACGGCGUCGUCGUUCGAUCUCGCAACCCCGUCCGCCUCCACCACCUCCAACCCAUCCGCAAUGUCGUUGGAGGAUCAGGCGCCCUGCUCCUCAGCUGCCUCCACCACCUCCACGUCGACGGUAGUCCCCAAGCCCGACCUCAUGCUCCAGCCCCCCACACAUCACUAUGCACCUCAACAGCCGCCCACGUACCAUAUGGGCGGUUACAUGCAUCCCGAGGAUCCGGUGGUGCAUCAGAUGCAAAUGCCUCCUCAGCACCUACCUCAUGGCUAUGUCGACUAUAUGCCUUAUGAUAUGCCCAUUCCCAUGCAUCAGCAGAUGUACCAGCCUGUUUAUGGGCAGAUGGACAUGGUCCCACCUCAACAGAUGGCUCCAUUGCAGCAAGAACAGCCAGCUCCAACGAAAUCUCGACCUCCCAAGCAUAAUGGAAUGGUCACUCCGGACGAUCCAUAUGUUUGCUCAUGGUGCACAUUUACAACUGUCUACAAGGGCAACAUGAAACGACAUCUGAUCAGCUGUCAUAACUGCAAUGACGAGUUGUUGAGGAAGUAUAAUUUUGAGCUCGAGAGGUUACGAAAGAGUGCGGCAUGCAGAGCCGGGCCGGAUUCUCUGCCGUUUAUCGAGAUACGACCGGCACAACCUCCAGGCACACGACGACCAAGGAAUGCCAACUCGAAUAGCAAAAACAUGGGAAGGCCGAAGAAGGACAAGGAGAUUAAGAGGGAGCAGGUGAUGAUGGAUCAACCCAAAAUGAUGCAUGAACAGGGCAUGGGUUACGUGGACGGGAAUGGGAUUCAGUACUCGGUGGUGCCGCCUCCACAAACCAUGGAUUCGUACGAAAUGUCAAUGCAAUUUAUGAAUCAGCCGGCGCAAGUUUUGUCAGCUCCUAAUGCAAGUUACGGGCUGAUCAAAGAUUGCGGAAAUGACAGCGGAUUGGGAAUUCAAGACGAGUUUGGUGAAGUGAAUCAGCCGCCUCCAUUGCCCGGGUACUAA